GUCCUUUGAAAUAAGUUUUGAGAUUUAAAUAAAUGUUUGGUUUUUUAUAUACAUAUAUGACUUGAUCUUGCUUUUUUAAACAAGGAAGUCGUCAAAAUCGUGUGGUUUUGUUUUAUUAGCACAGUUUUAUAAGAUAAAACAAAUUAAUUAGAUUUAAUUAAAUAAAUUAAUUUUAUGAAGUGAGACAAUUUUGUGUUUGAAUAAGUAAAAUUCUGGAGUGAAAUAAAAUAUACACAUUAUAUUUUAAUUGAAUAUAGAUUCCAACAGAAUAAUUAGAAUUUAUAAAUAUAAACCUUCUGCAGAAUUUUAAGUCAACCCGAGGAAAUUAAAACAAUAAAAAUGCGUAAAAUGCAAAAUGGAUUCUAUGCAGCCGCAAGGGCAAUUUCACCCGAAAAUCUUCAAAUUCCCACAAAAAUGGACACAAGUGUUUUGAAACCAAAGAAAAACGCAAGUCGGUUCUGGAUAUUGUCCAUGAUAAUCGAACGUCCCGAUGGAAAAGGUGAUAUUGAAAACCAACACGGCAAACAUUCAAUUGGUGGUGGCGGUGGUGGGGAACUUGAAUCGAUUUUACCACAAGGACCACCAGUAGAAGAAGUAUGUCUGCUUCGUGACAGUCCAUUCAGGAUAUUAAGGGCAGCUGAAUCAGGAAAUUUAGAAGAUUUUACAAGAUUAUUCCAAAGCGACAACACAAGACUAUCGAUACGAGAUGGAAAAGGCAGAACAGCAGCACACCAGGCAGCUGCAAGGAAUCGAGUUAAUAUUUUAGAGUUUAUAAAACGUCAACAGGGAGAUUUCGACGCUCAGGAUGGCGCUGGCAAUACACCACUUCAUGCUGCCGUUGAAAACGACUCUUUUGAUGCACUGGAUUACCUUUUAUCAAUUCCCGUCAACACGGGUCUGCUCAAUGAGAAGAAGCAAGCGCCAGUUCACCUUGCCACUGAGUUGAACAAGGUAAAGGCUUUGAAGGCAAUGGGCAAACAUCGCAGUGUGAUUGACAUUCAACAAGGUGGCGAACAUGGAAGAACGGCAUUGCAUUUGGCAGCUAUUUACGAUCAUGAAGAAUGUGCAAGGAUUUUGAUAACUGAGUUCGAUGCAUGCCCUCGUAAACCCUGCAAUAAUGGUUACUAUCCAAUUCAUGAAGCCGCAAAAAAUGCUAGCUCCAAAACAAUGGAAGUAUUUUUUCAGUGGGGAGAAUCACGGGGUUGUACAAGAGAAGAAAUGUUAGCCUUCUACGAUUCUGAAGGGAACGUUCCACUACAUUCAGCUGUACAUGGAGGAGAUAUAAAGGCUGUGGAGUUGUGUCUAAAAUCAGGAGCUAAGAUAUCAACCCAACAACAUGACUUAUCAACACCUGUUCAUCUGGCUUGUGCACAGGGAGCUAUAGACAUUGUAAAGCUUAUGUUCACAAUGCAACCGUUUGAGAAAAAAGUCUGCCUCGUAUGUACGGAUGUUCAAAAUAUGACACCACUCCAUUGUGCAGCAAUGUUCGAUCAUCCUGAAAUUGUUGAAUAUCUUGUGUCGGAAGGUGCCGAUAUUGAUGCCUUGGACAAGGAAUAUCGAUCACCGUUGCUAUUGGCUGCCUCACGAAGUGCUUGGAAAACCGUCCACACUCUUAUUCGAUUAAGAGCAAAUAUUUCCAAAAAGGACUCCACAGCUAGAAAUGUUCUUCAUUUUGUUAUAAUGAAUGGUGGACGUUUGCCUGAAUUUGCCGAAGAAGUUAAUAAAAUUCAAUCACAUUGUCAAUUAAUUCAAUUGUUGAAUGAAAAAGAUAGUACGGGCUGUUCACCGUUGCAUUAUGCAAGUCGAGAUGGGCAUAUUCGAUCGUUGGAAAAUCUCAUUCGUCUAGGUGCUUGCAUCAAUCUUAAGAAUAAUAAUAACGAGAGUCCAUUGCAUUUUGCGGCACGUUAUGGUCGAUAUAAUACCGUAAGGCAGCUACUCGACUCCGAGAAGGGUUCGUUUAUAAUCAACGAAAGUGACGGAGAGGGUUUGACACCCUUGCACAUAGCCUCACAGCAGGGACACACGAGAGUUGUGCAAUUGCUGCUUAAUAGAGGAGCCCUCCUGCAUCGUGACCAUAAUGGAAGGAACCCAUUGCAAUUGGCCGCAAUGUCAGGCUUCACGCAAACUAUCGAACUUUUACAUUCUGUACAUUCACAUUUGUUGGAUCAGGUGGAUAAAGAUGGGAACACCGCUCUACACUUAGCUACAAUGGAAAAUAAACCCCAUGCGAUAAGUGUCCUAUUAUCUAUGGGAAGCAAACUGUUGUACAACUCCAUGGACAUGAGUGCCAUCGACUAUGCGAUUUAUUACAAAUAUCCUGAGGCUGCAUUGGCAAUGGUAACACACGAGGAGCGAGCAAGUGAGGUGAUGAGACUCAGAUCGGAUAAACAUCCUUGUGUUACUUUGGCUCUAAUUGCAUCGAUGCCAAAAGUAUUCGAGGCAGUCCAAGAUAAAUGCAUAACGAAAGCGAAUUGUAAAAAAGAUUCUAAAAGUUUCUAUAUCAAAUACUCGUUUGCAUAUCUACAAUGUCCAUUUAUGUAUUCGCAAGUGGAUGAAAUAACCGGCGAACCAACCGAUGUAUUAGAUAAUCUAAUACCAUUGCCAGCCUUAAACACAAUGGUUAAUCACGGACGUGUUGAAUUACUAGCUCAUCCACUUAGUCAAAAAUAUCUACAAAUGAAAUGGAAUUCGUAUGGCAAGUAUUUUCACGUGGCAAAUUUGCUGUUUUACUCGAUUUUCCUACUUUUUGUUACUAUUUAUUCGUCUAUGAUGAUGAACAACAUAACUGUGAGCAACGAAACUGUUGUUACGAAUCCCAAAAUGAUGACAGGAUUGGAAACAAAUUUCUCUUUUUGGUCAAGCAUUUAUGCGAGUCAUGAAGUGGAACGUAUUCAGCGAUCUACAGGAAUAAUUGUUUGUGCCAUAGCUAUUGUGGCUUACAUAACGCUGAAUUCACUAAGGGAAAUAUUACAAAUGUAUCAGCAAAGGCUGCAUUACAUUUUGGAAAUUGUAAAUCUCAUAUCAUGGGUUUUGUACAUAUCAACAUUAAUAAUGGUGGUUCCGGUAUUUAUCAAUCAUGGUCGAAUAACUAAUAUACAUUAUUCAGCAGCAUCGAUAGCUGUAUUUUUAUCAUGGUUUCGAUUGCUGCUCUUCUUGCAACGUUUCGAUCAAGUUGGAAUAUAUGUAGUGAUGUUUCUUGAAAUACUACAAACUCUCAUAAAAGUUUUAAUGGUGUUUUCCAUACUUAUCAUUGCAUUUGGACUCUCAUUUUAUAUCCUUUUAUCAAAGAUAAUGGACCCCCAACCGAACCACCUUUCCUUUUCGAAUAUUCCCAUGUCCUUGUUGCGGACUUUCUCAAUGAUGUUGGGUGAAUUAGAUUUUGUCGGUACCUACGUAAACACAUUUUAUAACGAUCAGCUCAAGGUUCCCAUCACAUCAUUCCUUAUUCUCAGUGUGUUUAUGGUCCUUAUGCCAGUUCUUCUAAUGAACCUCCUCAUCGGUUUGGCUGUUGGUGAUAUCGAAUCGGUUCGUCGUAAUGCACAAUUGAAGCGUCUAGCUAUGCAGGUAGUUUUGCACACCGAACUUGAAAGGAAACUGCCACAAAUGUGGUUGCAAAAGAUUCUGAAAAUGGAAUUAAUUGAAUAUCCAAAUGAUACAAAAUGUAAAUUAGGUUUCUUGGACUUCGUUUUAAGAAAAUGGUUUUGCAAUCCUUUCAAUGAAGAUACAACAUUUGACUCCCUUGCUUUUGAUAAUAGUGAAGACGUUGUCAAUACUGAAUUGGAGAGGCAAAGACAUAAGCUUCGUGACAUAAGCAGAGUUCUUGAACAACAACACCAGUUGCUUCGAUUGAUAGUUCAAAAAAUGGAAAUCAAAACCGAAGCUGAUGACGUCGAUGAAGGUGUUUAUCCAUCGAAUACAAGAGCAUUAACUUACCAAGCUGGCCAUUCAAGAUGGACUUCACCAAGAAUAAGAAAGAAGCUAAGAGCAGCAUUAAGCUUUAAUAAAAGUUCUUAAAAAAUAUAUAUACAUAUUUUAACUUAUGUUUAUCAUAAUGUAACAUUCCUUAUUUUGAACAAAGAAAAAAAUGAAAAGUUUUGUUUAUGUUUUCAUUGUGUUUGCAGCUUAAUUAAUGUGUCAAUUUCAACUUCAAUUUCAAAAAUUAUUAUUUAGGACUCCUCUGAGCUGAGAUUUACUAUAAAAAAGAAAUAAUUGAAAUGUAUGCUAAUUAUGUAAAACUUUUAAAUAGGAAAAAUGAAUUUAUAGAUAAAACAUUUAUUUACAAAUAUGUAAACGCAAACUUGAUGGCCUUUAAUUGAAUUUAAACACAUAUAUAACUUUUUCAUUUAAAAAUGCAUUUACUUCUCAAAAAUUCAAAAGAUUUACAUAUGUGUAUAUGUUAUAUUCGUUAUGUAUUCCUGAGUAUUAAAACACACAAAAUAUAAUUAUGUACCAAUUGAAAAAUAAAAUCAUAUAUUUGUUGUACAAUGUUUGAA